AGAGAAGGAGAUCACAUGAAGAAGAAAUGAGGAGAAUAAGUAAAAAGAGGAAAAAAGAAAGAUGGAUGAUGAUGCAGAAGGUGAGGCAGGAGUAGGAUAUUGGAGAGAACAGAAAGAAGAAAAAAAAUUCUGAUUUUGGUACCGAGUGUCAUAAUGGCACUAUCACUGGUACUGGAUUUAAUCGGAGGAGAAGUUUUUCAGCUGUUCUCUGGAAGUGUUACUAGAGCGGUGGACCGGAAAGCGGCAUUUAGAGACCUUCUCCAAGAUAUUAAAUACACACUCAAGUCUCUAAGAAGACAGGCCAGAGUCAUUCAGCAGAUACAACAGUAUAAUCUGGACUUGAGUCUGUCAAACAAUGAAAUAAUCGAUAUUGUAACACAAAUGACCAAGGGCAGAGAACUAAUUGACAGCUUGUCUGGUAUUAAAUUUCGUUUGUGGAACUUCUGCUGCACAAAUGAUUGCGCUGAGCAACUUAAAGAAUUGAAUAGGGCUCUUGAAAGUCUGUUUGACACCCUGCAGUUGGAGCAAGUGAGGGAUGCCAAGGAGACCUUGAAAUUAGCAAGGCAAAACCACAAAGAUCUUAAGAAAAUGAAGGUUAUGUUGGAGAAGAUACUGCAGAUGAUUGACGAUCCUGAAGUGAAGGGUCUACUGAGGAAGUUAGUGGACCAGAAUUCAGGGGAUUCGAUGGAUGAUGCCUCGACCUCAACCCCAACCUCAAACUCAGCCUCAGGAAGUAAUACAGAAGAUGAAGGGAAUGGCGUGGCACAAGAUAAAAACAAAUACAUAUGUGCUGAUGGUGUUAUAAAUAAUGCAUCAGCAUCAGCAUCAUCAUCAGGACUAGUGGGAGCAGCUUUUGGUUUUAUAAAGGGUGGAGCAGAGUCCCACCAAAACAAGCUUGUAGAAGCUGUACCAAAAUUCGCUAAUGCAUCCGCAACUUGA